AUGGCCCACAUCUUGUGCAUUUUGGCACUUUUGUGUUUUGCAUCUUGUGCUGCACAAAAUACAAAGACCGAGCAGGGAUUUAAAGACAUUCAACUUCAGCAGGAAUCAGCGUCAUGGAUCGAGAAAUUACAGGACAAACAGGAAUCAACAAAGAAACAGAAUUUACUGGACUUGCUUUAUAAACUCUCCAAAUCCGGAAAUGGAAUAAUCCCCGAGGGACCUGCAGACAAGCAGGAGAAGAAUCGACGUGAACUGGGUGGCGUGACGGUUCAGACUCGCAGAGUCGGCUGCAGAGUCUUCUUCUGGAAGACCUGGACUGCCUGCUGA